AUGGCGCGAUCGAGUGCAGCUGCGCGCAAUCUGUCCUUGAUGGAGGAGCUGGAGAAGCUCGAGCAAUCCAUCACUCUGACUUUGCAAGAAAUUGAUCACAAUUUCAGCAAAGCCCACCGAAUCGUCACGACGAGCAUCAUACCAGUAGUAGAGCAGUAUGGCGAGCACUCUCGCGCCGUGUGGGAAGCAUCCAAGUUCUGGAAGCAAUUCUUCGAAGCGUCCGCCAACGUCUCGCUGUCCGGCUACGAGGAGCUCGCCAACGACGACGAAUCGACAGUCAUGGAGGACAGCACGGCAAUGAGGGACGAGGCGUCGGCCGACCACACACAAACGCACGACCAAGACAUGACGGCAACACCCGGCGGCACACGAGACAGCACAAUGCACGGAGACGAGUCGCUCCUGGACGACGCUGAACUUUCGGGUAGUACCCCGCGUCCACCAGUGACCGAGAUGAUAAAGGCAGGGGUUUCGGGCCACUCAUCACCGUUUGACAGGAUGCAGCGCGAAAUCAGAGGCGACAAUGACGGGACCACGGUGCUGCAGGACAACGAGGACUCCACGGUGCUUUUCGCCCAGCGAACGGCUCAGCUGCCAGAUAUCUCCAUGACGCCCAGAGGUCCGCGCGAGGACCAGGCGGCCAGACAGCAGGCGUCGGCGAGACAGGCCAAGGACCCGCUGCUACACCGCGUGUUGGACAAGAAUUACAGGGUGCAAGCUACACCGCACCGGCCGGGCAUUAAAGUAUCUCCCCUGAAGAAGGAAAAGGAAAAGGCAGCUUGGCAAUACGACGAUUCCAUCAUGUCAUCGCCCGAAAUUGCGGCGCCAACGUUGCGCAGCGAAGUCUUCAUGUCGCCAUACAAGUUGAUGGCGCGACAACGCGCGGCGGCUCAAGCCCCGAGGACCCCCGGCGUCAGCGUCCAGACGCCGGCGACGGCAAAGAAGUCGCGCGACGUUUUUGCUUUGGCGGAAGAGGAUAAAGGGGCUGGCGGUGCGGCGGCAGGCCAGGCAGGGCGCGGCAGACAAAAGUACGAAAUCGACUGGGAUAGCGACGAGGACGGAGACGACGACUUGUACGCGGGCAUGAGUCCACCCAAGACGAUUCAGUUUGUGCUGCCGCCGUCCAAGUUGCUACAAACGCCAGCUCGCGAGGCGAGCCGGAGGAUCGUGGAUGACAUACUGAUGGAUGCCGGCGCAGACAUGGAGUCGUCUGAGUACAGUCCGACCAUGGUCAAGAUGAAUGAGGAUAUAAUGGAUGAUAGUUUCUAG